UGUCUGUCAUUGACUGAAUAAUUAAUGAAUCCCUCCUAUCGGACUAAACCAUUUUUAGGGAGGGGUGACGAGCUGAUAUUUGGAAGACUUAUUAUAUCAAAUUGUAUGUUUCUGUGGUUUUCAUUAAGAUCUUUGACAUACGAUUAUUAUUAAUAUUAGAAUUAUUCACAGAACAGGGGCCUAUAUAGUAUAACUGCUGGAUUGUGUGGGGUCCCCUGGGCAGUGGGAGCCCCCGUAAUUGUCACCACCUUUCACCCCACUAGCAACGACCCUGUCCGCAUCCAUACCAUUUAUAAAGUGCUUUAAUAUGGCGAAGCUGCUGUGGUGCAGGUGGCGUCUUCUGCAGCGUGCUGCUGGGGUUUUGGGCAAUGUCGGGGUCCUCACCCAGGGUCUGUAUAUGUUGCUGGCACUCCAUACUGUGUGUGGUGACCUUAUGACUUCUCUGAAGAAGCUGUGUAAGAUGUGUAACCUUAGUGAGGAUGUCGCAGGAGCCACCCUCAUGGCUGCAGGAACAUCAGCACCUGAAAUCUUUAUAUCCACUAUAAGUGAGUUCUUCACUCAGGCGGAUGUUGGUGUAAAGACCAUCAUUGGAUCAGGACUCUUCAACAUCCUCUUCAUCACUGGACUGUGUGGGAUUGCUGCUGGACACGUGCUGCUGUUGAAGAGGUGGGCUGUGAUUCGGGACUCAGUCACAUACAUGCUGUCUGUUGUGGCACUGAUUGGUAUUACCCAUGAUGGGAAGAUCAUAUGGUGGGAAAGUUUGCUGUUGGUGGUCAUGUAUGUGGGAUACAUUUUGAUCACGAUAUUUAACUCCCACAUACAGACUUUUUUCGGGAUCGAACCAUCAAGUGGACACGAGCGAGAGAACGACAAUGACAUUCAGCUGAGGGGGGUGGAGGAAGAGAGCAACACUGGGGAUGCGGACUUGUCCACGGACGAUCCGGGUGAGGGGACAAUCAAGGACCAUUCAAAGGAGUCCACGGACAAUGGAGAGCCGACCUCACCGUUCUCUAUACCAACUAUGGCGAUUACCCGGCUCUGCCGGACCGCUCCCAGCAUGAGCAAGACCCCUGGUACCAGUGGGACCAUCCAGACCUGCGGAGGAACUGGGGAGAGCCGGAACAGAGUGGACACGUCUCCCAGCCCUGUCGACUGGUCCACCAUGUGCAAGCGGUUCUUAGGGUUCUUCACCUUCAUGAUGGUCAUGUUUGGCCUGGGGGAGGUGUUCCCUGCUUACCGACCUGUAGCCCCAAAGCAGUAUCCCUACAACAACCUUUAUCUGGAACAUGGUGGAGAUCCAGAGAAGCAGACAGAACCUGCUAAACAUUAUGAGAUCUAAACUGGUAUCUUGUGCAUUUUAUUAUUGUGUAUGUGCAAAAUAAAGUUAAUGCUGAAACUA